AACUCUUCAAGACAUAAGAUCUGCGCUGCUUGAAAAAUAUUUUUUUUUUAGAUUUUGUUUGUGUUGGGACUGAACAUUAUUGUUUAAAAAAGACAUUAUGUGAUAUUUUCAGAUAUUUUUCAGAGAAGAAGGAAAAGGAAAGAAACUAUACACAACUUGUCAAAGGAAAUAAAUAAGGGAAAUAUGUUUAUAAUAAUUAGAGGAGUUGGUGUAUACUGUUGCAAAGCGCAUGACUGUGAACAAGUCUUAAGUAAACAUGCGCACUGUGAACUGAGAAAAAUCUUCAUUUCCUAUCUCAUGUGAUGGCGACUGACAAACUUUGAAACGGCAAGAUUUAUUGUAGAUGAGAAAUAGAUCAAUUAUUUUUUAACAAUGAGGAAAAAAAUGAUAUCCAUCGCUAGGAUGGAUGAGGAUGAAAUAAUUGUGGAAGAUGUCGAUGAGCAUAUCGACAAUAAACCAGCUGGAACAUCAUCUCCUCGUCUCAUGCCAAAAACAUUGUUUAUUCCACAUGGAAAACUUCGACCUGGACAAACAACAACGGAACAUCAAACUGUUGUUUCACCUUCUGCUUCACAAUUGACGGCAUAUAUAAAUCCUGUUAAUAAUCAGAUUGUUACUGGACAAAAUAAACUUUAUUUUCAGGGACCUAGUCAAGUGUCCAAUUCACAAAAACAACGCAUACUUAUUCAUCGAUCGUUAAAUUCAGUCGGCACGACAACUAAUAAUUCAGGUCAGAAUCGUAUAUUGGUUCGUCAAACGAACACACCAACUGCUCAAAUCGUUCCUCUGAAUCCAUCUCAGGGAAAUCAGACUAAUGCUCAUGCAGGAAAGCACUCUUUCGCUUACCUCGGAACAAUUAUUAAAUCAAAUAAGAAUCGAGAUUCUGUUGUCAUUUCGGCCGGGGCGGACGACAAUCGAUCACCAGUUCAAUACAUAGGCGGAAUAACAACAGCACAAGUUAAUAAACCAAAACUGGUUAUAACACCAGUUUUAUCACAAUUAGCACCAACUCCAACAACAACCACUAUUGCAACUCAAAGUCGUUUAAAUAAGCACAUGACGAAUCUUCUUUUGCCCGUUAACAUUCCACAACAAACUUCGACAAAGUCAAGUAUGAUGAAUCACGUGAAAAUCACAAAUGGUCAAGUUACUGGUGAUAAUAAAGGCGCAAUAACUGUUUUACGAGAAUCAAAAACAACAAAUUCAACAGCACAUCCACCACCAUUGCAUCCCAUUACAAAUAUCACACUUUUGGGAAAAUCAGGAAGACAAGAGCAACACGCUGAUGGUAUAAAAAUUACUGAAAAUCCUGAUUCUGCUGUUAUAACACCUAUUCCAAAUAAAAAAGACGAAAUCAAUCAACAACCAGAAAAAAGAAAGAAAACAAUAAGCAAUAUUCUUCGUGGUUCUGGUGAAAAAAGAAUGAAAAAGCAAAUAUUUCCAAAAACUAAUCCCGAAGUGGAAAUAAGUUAUUCUGUAAAUAGUCCCGAUAAUUCGGAACAUGAAAAAGAGAAGAAAAAAACAGAAAACAAUGAUGAUGAUAUAACAUUAAUUAAAGUUGUUCCAAAUGAUGAGAAAUCGACAAAAGUGAAAUCAACGUCAGAUGAUGAUAUUAAAAUUGAAUUGGUUAAAACAACACAAAACAAUGAGAAAUCAAUUGUGGAGAAUAAAAUUGAAUCAGUUUUAAAGAAAGAAGAAAGUGUAGAUGAUUUGAAUUCAAUUCCAACUGAUUUGAAUUUUGAUGCUGCUAAAGCUUUAGAAUGGAAAGAUGGAGUUGGAUCUCUUCCCGGUAGCAGUUUAAAGUUUCGCGUCAAUGAAUUUGGAUUGAUGGAAGUGGUAGAUGAAGACGAACAUAAUAAACAAGAUAAGGAAAAUGGUGCUGGUGAUAAAGAGAAUGUGUUUUUAUCACAAAAAUCAUCAUCAAAAUCUUCUCCUUCGGUUGCGGCUACUGAAAAGAAGAAAGAGGAAAAGAAAAAGCGUCCUGCCAAUACAGACACAUUUUAUUGUUGUCAAAGUUGUGGAUGUUAUGGUUUGGCAGCUGAAUUUGAAAGUCCCAUAUCUUGCAGUCCCUGUUGCACAGAAAUUAUAGAAGCAAAAAAAGAACUGAUGAAACGUAAAGAAAAAGAUUUAAAAGAGAUGCGAGCGAAGAAAAAAAGAAAAUCACUUCUACAUGAACAACAAAAACAAAAAAAUGAUGAAAAAAUUAAUGAAAAAGCUCAAACAAAAUCAUCAACAAUAUCGUCGAGUAAAUUAUCAACAACAUCUUCAACUAAAUCAUCAACAAAAUCAUCAUCAUUAACGUCGAUUAAAUCGUCAACAAUAUCGUCGGCUAAAUCAUCAACAAAAUCAUCGACUAAAUCAUCAGUGACUGAAUCAGAUGAGGAUUCAAAAGAUACUUCUAAUAUUGAUGAAGAAAGUCAAGCUGAUGCAAAUGAAUCUAAGUAUCCAUGGCUGUUUGGAAAACAAGGAUUUUCAUGGGCAAAAUAUCUUGAACAUUGUAAAGCUAAAGCUGCGCCUACAAAAUUAUUUAAAGAUGCAUUCCCAUAUGCUAAAAAUCAAUUUAAAGUUGGCAUGAAAUUAGAGGGAAUUGAUCCUGAACAUCCUUCACGUUAUUGCGUUCUUACUGUUGUCGAAAUAGUUGGUUACCGUUUACGAUUACAUUUUGAUGGAUACACUGAAAGUUAUGAUUUUUGGGUAAAUGCUGAUAGUAUGGAUAUAUUUCCCUUUGGUUGGUCGGAGAAAAAUAAUCAUCGUUUGGACCCACCAAAAGGAUAUGUUGCCAAUAAUUUUAAUUGGAAUGCAUAUCUUAAAACUUGUAAAGCAAGCGCAGCACCAAAAACAAUAUUCUCAAAUAAAAAUUCCAUUUUUCCAACUGGAUUCCGUGUGGGAAUGAAAUUGGAAGCAGUUGAUAGAAAGCACUCGUCAUUGGUUUGUGUUGCGAGUAUUGGAGGACUAAUGGAUUCACGUAUUCUUGUUCAUUUUGAUUCGUGGGACGAAGUUUAUGAUUACUGGGCUGACGCCAGUUCGCCUUAUAUUCAUCCUGUUGGAUGGUGCCAUCACAAUGGACACAGUUUGACACCUCCAAAUAGUUACAAAGAUCCGAAAUCUUUUACGUGGGAGGCUUAUUUAAGAGAAACACAAACUGUCGCGGCACCGGCGCGAGCUUUUAAACAAAGGCCACCUUGUGGAUUUAGACGUGGCAUGAGAUUGGAAGCUGUUGACAAACGAGUACCACAAUUGAUUCGUGUGGCAACUGUCGAAGAUGUAAAAGAUCAUAUGUUGAAAAUUCGUUUCGAUGGAUGGCCUGAAAAUCACGCUUAUUGGGUUGAUGAUGAUUCAACAGAUAUUCAUCCAGUUGGAUGGUGCCAGAAAACUGGACAUCCAUUGGAACCGCCCAUUAUACCCGAAAUUGGGAACGAUCGUUCUGAAUGCGGUAUUCAUGGAUGUCGAGGUAUUGGACAUAUUAAAGGUCCAAAAUUUGUCUCUCACAAUUCUCCAUCUGGCUGUCCAUAUUCAACGCAAAAUUUGCCAAAAAUAAGAAUAGUCUCCGACAGAUUAAGUGGAAAGCAUGAUGCUUGUGAAUAUGAAGAGGAAAUUGUUGAGAAACCAAAAGUUGAAAAGACUGAUAAAAUUAAAAUAGAGAAAUCGGAUAAAUUUGAAAAAUACAUAUUGGAAGAUCGUAAACCAUUUAAUUUUAAAUUGAAAUUAAAAGAAGAAGUUGAUUCUGAUAAGAGUGAAAAAUUCGAUUCCUCUCAAAGAUCUAUCAAAUCUAAACAAAUGAACAGUGAUGGUCAAACCGAUGACGAUGAACCAGCAAAGAAGCGUAAGAAAAGACGAAAUAUUUCCGAAGAACCAAUAUUUCCCCGCUCGAAUUUAUCAUUUGGUGGUGAUUCCUCUCUCAAUAAUUCACAAAAUUCCGCUGAUAAACAAUUGAGAAUGGAAUUAUAUCAUUCGGUUUAUAAUCCUGGUUAUAAUCCAUUACCGGAUGAGCCACAUAUUUGGGCAAAACACAGUGGUGCUUUGAAUAGAGUUGUGGCUAAACAAACAGGAAAUCCUCGACGUUGGUCAAACGAGGAAGUCAUUAAGUUUAUACAAAGUUUGCCUAAUUGUAAAGAAAUUGGGACUAUCUUCAGGAAACAUAACAUUGACGGUGAAGCGUUUUUAAUGUUAACUCAAGAAGAUUUAAUGAGUUUACUUGGUCUUCGACUUGGACCCGCUAUUAAAUUAUAUAAUAGUAUAGUUCUUCUACGACGAAAAGCGACGUGAAUAAUGAAUAUUAUUUCAUUAUUUUUUUUUUUUUUUUUUUUUUGGAAAUUAAAGAAACUUGGCAGCUUUAAAGUUGUUAAAUGAUUAUGAUGAUAAUAAUGGUAAUCGAGAUCUCAAAUAUUUAUUUCUUUAUUUUAUGUCGAUCGUUUUUGGAGUUGAUUGUUUUUUUUUACGUCCAUGGAAAGGAGAUUAUUAUCAUUGAAGAGUUAUCAAUAUUAUAAUGAAUUUUUUUUGAAUGUUUUGCAAACAAAGAAGACUUUUGUUUUUGUCAUUUCUGCAUUGAUGAAGGUUAAUUUUUUUUUUUUUUUUUUUUUUUAAAUCAAUGCAGAGAAAACCAUCACGUAUAAAGUGAAUUUAUAUUUAUACACUUGUAUGUUUAACGUACUUACCAAUUUUGUCAGCUGUAUUAUUUCCUGUUGCAAUGAAGUGCAUAAGGUCAUGUAAAAAAUGUAAAUAUAUUCAUAUAAAAUAUUGAAAUAAUAUUUCAAGUUGUUAUAUUUUACACUUUUUUAAAAAUUAUAUACAUUUUUUUUCACAGAAAA